CCCCGCCUCGCUUCCUCCGCAGCCGCCCCGGGCCUGUGCCCGUCCCGCCCGCCCGCAGCUGCUGGGGCCUGGUCGGCUCCCCGGCGUCGGAGCCCGAGGGGCGGGAGAGAAGCUCGGCGUUGCUGUGGUAACCACGCAGCCGUGCGUGGGGCGGGACGCGCUGCGGCGGCUCCCACCGGCGCGGCUGAAGCAUGAGCGGCCGCGGGAAGCAGGGCAGUGGAUGGACCCCAGCCAGAGCCAGCUAGAUUUAGGCUUCUCUCAGCAGGACACUCCCUGCUUGAUAGUUGAGGACUCCCAGCCAGAGAGUGCAGUGAUCGAGGAAGACGCUGCUCAUGGCUGCAUCAGCCUGCUAGCCCUACGUCUUCCCAACUGCAAGAGCCCAGUAUUGGAGAUGACCAGCCCUCAAGGUAGCAAACUGGCUGCUGGUGGUGGAGGAGGAGAAGACAGAGGCCUUGAGGAAAAACAGCUCACAGAGCCCAUGGACAGUUCUACCCAUCAGGAUGCGACAGGUUCGCUCAGCCAAGUUAUUGAUCGAUUGCCUCAGCCUACCAGGAAGAACAGGGUUCUUGAGAUGGUAGCAGCUGCUGCUGAGGAGGCAGGUGAAGAUGCUGCACACUGCACUACCCACUUGCUGGGUGCUGAAGACUCUGGCACAUCGCAGUUGGGUUUUGGAGCUCUGGAACUCUCACAAAGUCAGGACUUUGAGGGAGACUCAAUAUUGAGUGAAGAGGGCAGAGGUCACCAGCUUCAGCCAUCAGGCACUGUCCCUACCUGUUCUAAUCCCAUGAGGAAUGACCCUAAUGAGGAGCUGCACAUAGUUAGGAGUGAAGCUCUGUCUGCUGGAGAAAGUUACACAGGUGCACAGUGCUGGCAAGAGAAGUCUGGAAGGUCAGAGGUUAUGUCUAGCUCUCCCAGAAUUCCACAGCAACACAAAGAGACCAGCAGGAUACAAAUGUCUGUCUGUGAUGUGCUUGAAAGUGGGUUGCAGGCUGAGAAGACACCUGAUCCUGGUCUGCAGGAGUCAGAGAUUUUGUCAACUCAGGAAGAUAUGUUUUCCCAGAGCCACACAACAGCUUCAGAGAGUGACUGUACCAUAACCAGGGUGGAAGUGGGAGGUUCCGUGGCAUGCACCCCUGCUGGCACUCUGCAACUCCUGCAUCUCUCUGUGCAGGGGUCCCUUGGUCAGGAGAGUCUUUCCACUUAUUCUUCAGGCCUAAUUACUCCUUCUCCUGAUGCCUUUAGAUCCCAUCCUCUUAUCAUCUCCAGUAGUCCCACAGAACAGGAAGAAACAAAAGAUGAGCAGAUGGAUAUAUCUGCUCCAGCAGAAGGAGGAGACCUACAGGAGAAGCAGAAAGGAGAUGAGCCAGUGGACACUGGCAGUCCACCAGAACCUCAUGUACUACCACAGGUUUCAACUCCUGUAUCCCAGAGUGCCCCAGCCUUUGUUCCUGGAUCCUUCCCUAUACCAUCACAACCAGAGUUUUCCCAUGAUAUUUUUAUUUCAACUCCGAGUCUGGAGGAGAAGCCUAGUGGAGAAGAGAAGAGUGGAGUUUUACCUAGUUCAUGCUUGCCAGCAGAUGUCUCUGAAACCACAGAGGCUCCACCAAAGAUCCCCACAGGAGAUCCUGAAUUUUCCUGUAAGCUAGUACUCUCUGCAAGUGAAUGCAGCCAGCCCACAAAGACAGAAGGCAACACAAGCUCUCUGAAAACCAACCAAGACAGUGAAAACACACAGGUUGAGAUGGAUUCUACACUGCAAGCUUCAGAGCUGAAACCCUGUUCCACAGAAAGUUACAGUGUACAACUGAGGCUGAGUGAGGACAGCCAAGCCCUGCUCAGUGAAAACUGUGAAAAGCCAAAAAGGGAGGCUGAGCGAGCUACAGGAGAACCUACCAUUUGUCCUGUUGCUGAAGGUGUAGCAGCAGAAGGGUCUGUAGCACAGCUGGCUUGCAUUGAUCUCACAUGUGAUUCUGGAAGUCAGACAGCUGCCACUCUGUCUGUUCAGUCUGAGACUUCAGCACACACUCUGGGUCAAGAAGCAUUGACUGAGAUCAAGGAAAAGUUAUCAGGAGAGGCGUCUGAAUUUGAAGCAGUCCCUGAGACUCUAUGUGAGGAACAAGGAGGAGAAAGGCAGGCAGAAGAGAAGCAGCUAAAUGAAGAGGGAUCCUCUGACCCUCUAACUCUGUCUCGGGGGCUGAUUCUUGUAAGGGAAACACAGGAACACGAAGGCCAGGAAGUGAUGGAAGUGGAAUCCAGUGAGGCUUUUGGCAAAAACUCAGAAAAACUAUGUGACCUGAGCCAUGGGUUGGUACAGAUGGAUCCAGAGAUCAGGAAAAAAGAAACCUCUAAAGAUUCUAAUGUGGUCGCUGAAGUUAAAAGCAUGAAGGAUCUGUCCCUGAAGCCUGCUCCAGAAGAUGUGCCAAAGCUCAGUGAAGUUCCCCCUCAGCCUUUUGUGGGAGAGUCGUUGCAACAGCAGGAUGGCUCAUUGCCCCAAGUAAAGGUGGAUGUUGCCCCAGGAUUAGCAUCAUGUACCAAAAAGUGUGCAGGCAGUCCAGGGAAUAGGAGUCAAGCUGAAGGUGACCUGGAAUUGAAACAAGUUCAGAAGGAUCAGCAGCCACCUCCAGCUCCUUUAGAGAGAGGGGAUGAAGUGCCAGCAACACCGCAAGAGAGCCAGCAGCCACUUCUGAUGACGUUGGAGAAGGCAGCAGAUAUGCCUGAAAAACCAUUUAAAACGAGUAAUCUGGAGCAGGAAGAGGAGAGGGCAGCUGACCAGUCCCCCUGUCCAUCCAGUGGAACCCUGUUUCAUUUCACUUUGCCAAAGGAAGGUGAUGUCAUUCAGCCCUUGACUAGUGUGACCCCAUCUCUUAUUGGGCAGCUUAAAAUGGGACCCAGAAGACACAGCACUCCUAUCGUGGAUGGCAGCUGCCCAGAUAGAACCAUAAUAACCAGCGAUGUCACAGCAGAGGGCAGUAUUGGCACCAAUGAUGUCACUGUGGAGAGCGCUAUGGCAUCAGCAGAUGUGUUGGAAGAGUGUGAAAAGGGGGAUUCUGAUGCAGCUCCUGAGGCUGAUGGAAAACUGUGUCUUCGAAUGAACCUUGCUACCCCUGUGAGCGAGGAGAGUGAGGGGAGUCUGCCCUUCAGUCUGGAAAAGCCUGCAGCCAGUGAAAGGAAAAAUGGAUCCUCUGCUGUUGCUGGAGCUGUUGCCAGCUCACAGAAGACACUGUCUGUGUUUAGUCGUGUCUGUGAAGUAAGACGAGAGGAUGAGGCCAGAGGUCAUGAUCUUCCUGCUGCUCCAUUUAGGGGGAACCUGUUCAGUUUCCCAAGCACACAGGAGGAGGAGGAAAUGCAUGAUGAUCCUGAAGCUUGGCAACAGUGUCAGAAGCACACCUCUUGUGGGGAAAUUAAAGUUUCUCAUCCCACAGAGCAGGACUCCGGACAUCCGCCAUCCCAUGCAAAAGAGGGAGAGGCUAUGGAAGUUGAUAUUGAAAGAGAUCUGGAAAAGGAAGGGAAGAGCACACAGGAGAAGCUGAGUAAGGCUCUGGCAGCCCAAGAGAGGGAUAAAGGCCAGCAGAUGUGGGCUGGCACCAGUAACAAAGAGGUCCAAACUACAGGAGGUUCUCUUUUGGCCUCAGCAGCUGUGUCAGCAGCAACACAGACAGUGACGGGAGUGAGCAGCCAGAUAGAAGUGGGAACGAGCAUGGCUGGGCAAAGGCCUGGCCAACAGGAUGCCAAGGUCCAAACUGAGGAGAGUGGGGAGAAGCUUGUGAAUGCCCCUGGAGAUGACACUGAGUCUCUGCACAGCCAGGGAGAGGAGGAGUUUAACCUGCCCCAGCCACCCCGAGGCCAUGUCCAGCAUCGCCACAUGCGAACCAUCCGUGAAGUGCGCACAGUUGUCACACGUAUCAUCACAGAUGUUUACUACGUAGAUGGUGCUGAGGUAGAGCGGAAGGUCAUUGAGGAAACUGAAGAGCCCAUAGUGGAGUGCCAAGAGUGUGAGACAGACAUCUCCCCCUCCCGAACAACAGGGGGCUCGUCACUGACCUCCGGGGAUCUCGGUGACAUCAGCUCCCUUUCAUCCAAGGCCUCGAGUCUCCAUCGUACAUCUAGUGGAGCCAGUAGUGGCAUGUCAGCUACACAUGGUGGCAGUAGCUCAGGGAGGGGAGCUGGAUCUUUCAAAGGGAAAGUCAGCGGAAUGGAAGCUGGAGAGUUUGCCUUGCCCAGUGGUAGAGGAGUCCUAGGAAAAUUGAGCCCUAGAAAAGGAGCUGGCCAGCCAGGGUCCCCUCUCAGGGCUGGUCAGACAGGAGCAACAGCAUGUGAGGAGGAUGAAGACCCAGCACCUGGCAUCCGACAGGGUGGGAAAGCACCUCUUACACCUCGUGGGCGAGGGAGAAGGGGCCGCCCACCAUCUCGAGCAACUGGAACAAGGGAUGCAGCUGGGAGUGGCCUACUAGGGGUGGAAGAUCUCUCGACUACAGCAUCACCAGAGGAGAAGCCCUUUGUGCGCAUUGUGGUUCACCCACCAGAUGGUGGGGACAGAUUUGAUGCUGCUGGCCCUUGCACUUUGCGCCGAAGUGACUCUCCGGAAAUUCCCUUGCAGGUGGUGACAGGUCCCUCGGACAGUGCGGACUUAUCCUCUGGGAGCAGCUUUGUGGGCCUGCGAGUGGUAGCCAAGUGGUCCUCAAAUGGCUACUUCUAUUCUGGGACAAUCACCCAGGAUGUUGGGGCAGGGAAGUACAAGCUGCUCUUUGACGAUGGAUAUGAGUGUGAUGUCUUAGGCAAAGAUAUUUUACUCUGCGAUCCCAUUCCACUGGAAACUGAGGUGACUGCGCUCUCUGAGGAUGAGUAUUUCAGUGCAGGUGUGGUGAAGGGACACCGGAAGGAGUCUGGAGAGCUGUAUUACUGUAUUGAAAAGGAAGGCCAGAGGAAAUGGUACAAGCGUAUGGCAGUAAUCCUGUCCUUGGAACAAGGAAACAAACUUCGGGAGCAGUUUGGGCUGAGUCCAUAUGAACCAAUCACACCCCUGACCAAGGCAGCUGACAUCAGCCUGGAUAACCUGGUGGAGGGGAAGCGGAAGCGGCGCAGUAACUUUGGCUCACCCAGCACUUCCAGCAGCAGCACUACACCCACUCGAAAAGGACAGGAGAGUCCCCGUGUCGCCCCAGGCCUGCUGUCUGGGAAGAGGAAGCUAGUUGCUUCUGAAGAUGAGAGAUCCCCAGCCAAACGAGGGCGCAAGUCUGCAGCAAUGAAACCUGGGGCUGUGAGGGCAGGUGAAUUUGUGAGCCCCUGUGAAAGUGGAGAUCACACAGGAGAUCCCUCGACACUGGAGGAGCAUCAUGGGCCAUUGCCCCACAACAAGACCCUCUUUCUGGGCUAUGCUUUCCUUCUCACUAUGGCAACCCCCAGUGACAAACUGGCUAUUCGCCAGAAACCAUCAGAUGGUCCUGCAGGCAGUAGUGAGGAAGAGGAAGAAUUCUCAAUUCCUUACAACAAACAGUACACAGCAUUGCAGCUGCGAACCGGAGCCGGCUACAUCCUGGAGGACUUCAAUGAAACCCAGUGUAACGCGGCAUAUCAGUGUCUCCUGAUUGCAGAUCAGCACUGCCGAACCCGGAAGUACUUCCUGUGCCUUGCCAGUGGAAUUCCCUGUGUAUCUCAUGUCUGGGUCCGUGACAGUUGCCAUGCUAACCAGCUUCAAAACUACCGUAAUUACCUUCUCCCAGCUGGCUACAGCCUCCAAGAGCAAAGGCUGCUGGAGUGGCAUCCCCGAGAGAACCCCUUUGGUAACCUGAAAGUUCUUCUGGUAUCAGACCAACAGCAGAACUUCCUGGAGCUCUGGUCAGAAAUCCUCAUGACAGGGGGAGCAGCAUCAGUUAAACAACAUUACUUGAAUGCCCAGAACAAAGAUAUUGCUUUGGGGGUGUUUGACGUGGUGGUGAGUGACUCGUCCUGCCCAGCUGCUGUCCUGAAGUGUGCGGAAGUGUUACGGCUGCCAGUUGUGUCGCAGGAGUGGGUUAUUCAGAGCCUCAUUGCUGGGGAGAGAGUUGGCUACAACCAGCAUCCAAAAUAUAAACAUGACUAUGGCCCCUGCUAAUGCCACCCCGUGUCCUGCCCUCUCUGCUGGUGUGAAGACUGUGUUUUUAAUCAGGUUUUAAAUGUCUGUGUGUUACUGGCCACAUGCAUGGAUCACUGUAUAUAGUUUUAUUUGCUGGACUUUUAUGAUGAAAUAAAUGUUGAAUCUCUUGUGGUAA